CUCACUUCACAAAACUCCUUUUAUGUUUCAAGAAGAUCUAGAAAAUUGCUCAGUACAGAAAAUAAAAAACGAAGCUGAGGGCAGUGGAGAGCACGAGUCCAUACCUGCCACUGGUACAUCUAAUACCUGCCCUUCAUCUUCUGCCAAAACUGACCAUAAGAAUCCGACUACCGAAAAACGACAUCGGUCCUCUUCUACAUCAUUAGAGGAUGGUCCAACAUCAGCGAAAAGAACAAAUGACGGCCUUGAAAGUGAAGAAAGAAAUGAGAACGAUGCUCCAUCAACACAGGAGAGGAACGGAAGUGGCGAGAACCACGCAGGCGUUUGGAACUUUACCAUUUAUAAUAAUAAUAAUAUAAUAAUAAUAAAAUACAAUAGCGAGUUUAAAAAUAUUUCAAGUUUUCUUCAAAGUAAUUAUCUUAAAAAAGAAGAACAAAAUUCUUCACAAAAUGAGAAAAGGAGCAGUUUAGCAACUGACUUAAAAACAUUUUUGAAAUUGCUCGAUGAGAAAAGAGCAAAAUCUAUAUAUAAAAAAGAUAUAAAUACACAACAUGCAUUUUUUCUUUUAAAAAAAAAGAGUGAGAGUAUGCCGAAUAGCAUGGAUAAGAUAUCUGGUCCAUAUUUUCGAGAGAGUGAAAAACACAGUGAGGAUUUAAUUAUAGAAGAACUAGAAAAAAAUAAAAUAGAUGAUGAAUCAGAAAUAUGGAUCUAUACACUGAAUAAUCCUUGUAUAGGGAGAAAAAAUCACCUUCCCUGCAUGUAUAAUUUAAUCAAGUUUUCUGAAAGACAUUCUAAUAUAAAAAUGAAUAUUGUAUUUUCAAAAUAUUAUAUAUUUAUAAAUAUCGAUCGUAAAUGUGAUGUAAAAGGGAAUAAAACAGAGAAAGAUAAAAGUGUAGGUGUAAGUGAAGAGAAACUACAAUACAACCAAAAUGUAGUUUUAACCUUCUUAGAAAAGGUUCAGGGCCUUUAUCCCAAUCUGAAGUUUUUCCAUUCUCCUGAUAAUUUGGUUAAUGAGGAAUAAUUGUUAUGCUUCUGCAAUAAAACACGCUGAUGCUUA